GCCUCCUCAUCAGUGCAGCUAGCAAUGGCGGAUACUGGUGCAGUGGAAGAGUUUAUAGCAAAGAGCAAGAACCUGGCUCCAGUUCAAUCGCAGGAAUCAACCUCAGAAGACUGGGAGAGUCUUGCCCCAGGGGUAGAUCCCACUGACUACCAGCCCAAGGACACGCCCAUUAUCCCGCCCCCUCCUCCUCCCCCUCCUGUUGAUUCCGGUCGUGUUCCUAAUUUACUUUCUGUUUCUGGGAAGAAAGAUAUCGAAGAUUUGUUGGCGGAACCUGGUGUGUGUGGCUUGAUUAAUCUAGGGAACACCUGUUACAUGAAUUCAGGCCUUCAAUCACUUCGCAGCAUACCACAACUCACACAAUUCUAUUUGAAUAAUGUUCAUCCUGUUGCCUCAACUCCAACUAAGAAAGAAGGAGAAGCUGUAGUAGAAGAAGAAGAAGAAAAAGAGAGAUUAGAGAGAGAAAGGGGUCCUGAGGAUCAGAAAGAUGGGGAAGGAGAGAAAGAUGAGGACAAGACUGGUAAAAAAGAUAAAUCUAAAGACAUAAAGACAUUAACACAGGGGCACAUCAGUGCUAGGUUUUCCGCCUUAAUACAGAAGACUUGGGCCGGACAGUUCUCGGCCAUUGUACCACAGUCAUUUAAAACGACACUUGGACUUCGGUAUCCGCAAUUUAGCGGGUAUAGACAGCAAGACUGUCAGGAGUUUUUAGUUUUAUUGCUCGACUGUCUUCAUGAAGAUAUCAUCAACCAGUUUCCAUUAAAGAGUUGCAUGGAGAAGAGAGAUGGAUCAGAUAAUGAAGGCCAAGUUGAGGAGACUCGAUCUGUCAUUACCAGCACAUUUCAAGGACAAUUGAAAAAUGAAGUUACAUGUUCAGUGUGUGGUCAUGUAUCAGUUAAGUGUGAUCCCUUUGUGUAUCUCUCAGUUCCUAUCCCUCACUCUAAUGAACAGCAAAUAACUAUUUUCUGGUCUUCAGUAACUGGAAGCAGUAGAUCAAUUGAAAAGUUAUUGGUCAUCAUUCCAAUAUUGAGUACAGUCAAUGAUCUAAAGACAUCUCUCUGUCAGUUACUAGAAGAAGGAGAAGGAGAGAGAGGAGAAGAAGAAGAUGGAGGGGGUGGUGUGUCCAUAGUACCCGAUAGUGUAAUCUUGGCUCAUGUUAAAGAACACUCAAUAGUAUCUACUCUAGGUAAUGCGUUAUCCAUUAAACAUGUCAUCAAAGAUGAAUAUAAAGUCUAUGCAUUUCAAGUUGGUUCUCCUCCUAGUACUAAAGCAAUACCUGAAGUUACUGCCACUCCUCAACGUGAUGGAUAUGAAAGAAUUACUGAUGAUGAAGUUCCCAUGGAAACUGACUCCUCCCCUCGACAACCAGCCUCUGAAGACGGACUCCCUUUUAAAAUCCCACGUAGCGAUGAAGCUGACGAGGCCACGCCCCUAUUAGAAGAGGCGGAGCCAACAGUAGUUGUUAUGGAGUGGCACUCCUGUGUUAUUUGUUUGGAGGAGAUGGUUGAUAGCGAAUUAUUGACACACUCAGUUUGUGGAGCCAUGAUAUGUGAUACCUGCUUACAGGCGUCUCGGAAUCACUCUGGAACCGAGAAUGGGCUCAUGCCGUGUCCAGUUUGUAAGUCAAUGGUGACACUAGAGGAAGGUUUUGUUCCUCUAGCAGCUCCUGAUAAAUCUGAUGACAUUGUUAGAUUAUUACAGUUGACUGUUCUCUUUCGCAAUAAAGUCGAUGAUACUCAGUGGGUCCUCUUUGGACACCCUUGUCUUCUAAAUGUACCAGCGUCAGCGAGCAUUGAUAAAUAUUAUCAGUUGAUAUCACCUUUGUUACCAGAGCAGUGUCGCCAGUAUCCAUGGUCCCUUGCUCUGACGGAUGGAAAGGGUCGGUAUUGCUCACGCUGUCUGUUUGGUAGCGGCUGUGGUGGGUGUGUCCUUACUAAUGCAAUGACUGACGUAAAUCUGAAACCAGGAGACUUCUUUUCUAUCUCAUUCACUAACUUACCAUCCACUGUAGUACAAGAGGCCGACUCCUUCAGGUCCCACUCAUCUCUUGAUAGUCUUUGGCCGUCGUCUGUUUCCCUACAGGACUGCCUUGAUCUUUUCUCUCAAAAGGAAACGUUGGGACAGGACAACCCUUGGUUUUGCUCGAAAUGCAAUAUGAAUCAGACUGCAGUGAGACAGUUACUGAUAUCACAGCUACCAACUACACUUAUUGUCCAUCUUAAAAGAUUCUUGUUUCAUGGUAACACAGCUAGUAAGGUUGAGACCGGUGUCAAUUUCCCUCUCUCCCUCUCCCUCUCAUCAUCUUCAUCUUCAGCACCAACUGACUACUCACUUGUCAGCUGUGUCUGCCAUUUUGGAACAUUAAAUUCCGGUCAUUAUACUAAUUAUUCUAAACAGCCAGUCUCUCAUAAGUGGUAUUAUUACAAUGAUGAAACCGUGUCUGAGAUAACACCAUCAGAUAAAGAUAACGAGAGUGCCUAUAUAUUGUUCUAUCAUAGACAAGAUUCUAAUACUUUCGAUUUUCCAAGUAAAAAGGACAUUACUUUUCCAACUCAAGAGGAAGAAUUGGUUGAGCUAGAGCCUUUACUGAGAGCCUUAAAACCUAAACCACCACCUGCUCCUCUUCCCCCUCCCCUUCCUCCAAUCAAGAAAUCCUCUAGCACAGGAAACUUGGCUGCCGACACUAGUGAUAAUGAUAUUCAGCUCCAGCAGCAGAUUGCCGCCUCCCUAGGUCUUGAUAUACCAGCCAUGUCCACUCCAGGUCCUUCUCCUUUGAAACCUUCAUCCUCUAACCCGACACUACCUGCAGAACAGUUUUCAGAACCAGUGGUUUUUAAAUCAGCUCAUUUUAAGAGCUUCGAUGCAUCAUAGUAUAAAUAUAAUAAUACUGAUAAUGGAUGAGUGUGACUAGUAGUUUUUGUGAUUUUAUUUUGUAGACAUCAAUAUUGUUAUUAUUAUUAUUAUUAUUAUUCUUAAUGUUUUACAAAUCUACAUAAUGUAUGAUGAAUUUUAGCAUUAAAUCAACCUAUUCUGUUCUAUCUUAA